GUCAAAUUUCAGUAGACACAUCUUCUGUUAGGCUCAUGAAAUGGAUCCAGUCUACGAAAAUUCUAGUUUCAUACUUUCAACAGUUUCUUCAGGUGAAGGACGCUCUCAGUACAAAGAUAAAUCCACUAAAGAACAAGAAAGCGUAAGAAAAGUGACUUCCCCAAAGUGGACUAAAGUCCUUCUGAUUGUUCUGGGUUUAUCUCUUGGUUUGGCUCUCGGAGGUCUUUGCGCUCUCUGGAUGCUUUAUGUCAGUGUUUCAGUGCAACUGUCUGCCAAGGAAACUAACAGCAAAAUCAUGGCAAGAGAGCUUGAGGAACUUACAGCCAAUUACACCAGAGUUAGAGAACAACUGUCCUUUUUUGAAGGAUUUACAGCUCAUACUUUGAACUGUGAUGUGAGCUUGACAGCUUUUCAUGGGAAGGUGUACUUCUUCAGCUGUGAUAAACUGAACUGGUCACACAGUCGUGCUUUCUGUGUUUCAAAAGGAGCUGAUCUGGUCACCAUAAGCAGCCAAACAGAACAGAGUAUUCUGGUUUCUAAAAUUAAAGAAGCUCACUGGAUUGGCCUCAAUGAUCUGGAAACUGAAGGACAUUGGGUUUGGGUGAAUAACCAAACUCUCAACGAAACUGGAGUACAGUUUUGGCAUCUGAGGAAAUCUGGAAAAAGUGAACCUGAUAACUGGAAAAAAGAAGACCCCACUGGAGAAAACUGUGCAAGUGUACAAAAUAUGGACAACAAUUUAAACAGCUGGCUUGAUGGUUCUUGUAAACAACAGAAAAAGUUUAUCUGUGAAAUUAAGUGAUAAUUUACUUAAUAACUUGCUUAAUAAAAAAGUUUUUCAUGAGACCUGUGUCUUGUGACAGAUGUUGUAUAAAAUUAAAACUGCAUUAUGUUUUCCUUCAGUGAAGUGUAUCCUUACUUUUUGUCUUUUUUUCUUCAAAUCUAGAUGUUCUAUGCAAAACAAACAAACAAACAAAAAAAAAACUGUAACUGCUUUUGAAAAUGUAGCAUUUUAUAUUGAUAGCACACUCAUAUUCCAUUAAAUAUGUAUACACAAUGCAUUGCUGUUAGAAAGUAGCUUUGACAAGGAAAAUUGUUGUUGUUGCAAAUGUUGCAGUGGCAGAUGAAUAUGAAUGAUUUAAUACUUAAGAUGUUGAAAACAUACCAUGUUCACAGUUUAGUCCACUGCAAGUUCUAAUAUUUUACAGCCAAAAGGAGUGAUAUGAGAAAAGGGGCAGACCUCAAUGUCCUGCAAAGGGAUACAGCCUACAUACAGCCUACUCUGAUAUACUGCUAUAGAUAGCAUAUAUGGUGUGUACCAGUGUGCAAAAUUUAUUUGGAUGACGUGCUGUAUUUGUUAAAAGCCUUCACAUGCAACAGUUUAAGAUGGGCUCUUAAAUGCCCUGUUAAUUUUUCAUUUUCAUGUUGCUUUGAAUAAAAGAGUGUAAUAAAUGAGUUAAUGUAAUGAAUGAUGUUUUAUUAACAAGGUUCGGUAGGAGCGCGUCAGAUACCUAGCCUAACUGUGCGUUCACACCGGCGAGAGUGUCAAAAUUCGCUCUGGCCGCCCUGCCAACAACGCUGUAGAAAGAUUCGUUGAC